AAGAGUUAGAAUGGAUGCAUUGUUUCAUAAAUGAUGCAGAGAAAAAACAAAUUAAUGACUAUACGAUACGCCAGUGGGUAAUCGACAUCAUAGACAUCGCUUACGAUUGUGAGGAUGUCUUGGAUAAAUUUAUGAUCCAGAUUCAUGAUGAAGGGAAUUCAAAUAUGCUCAAAGUUGACCAAGGCGAGACUUCAGAAAGAAGGCAGAGACGGCUCUUUACAUUCCUGAAGAAGUGUUCUUGCAUUUGCAGCAAAGGCAAAGAACAGAUCGAUCUCUAUGGAAUAGGCAAAGAGAUUGAAGCACUAAAAGAGAGACUCAAUGAUGUCUCCCGUAGACGUCAAUUAUAUAACCUCCAAAAUAUUAACGACAUCAACAGGGAAGGAGAGAGCUCAGUCCUUGGCAGAUUGAAAGAACUAAGAAGAGUCAAUUCCUUGCAGCUUGAAAACAUUAAAAGUGUUGGCUACAAGGAUGAUAUUGACACAUUGUUGGCUCGACUACUUGAUCAAAAUAAGCCACAACGUUUCGUAAUUUCAAUUUUUGGCACUGGUGGCUUAGGUAAAACAACUCUUGCUGGAAAACUUUAUCAUCAUGAAGUCAUCAAGCAUAAAUUCAAUCGUCGUGCCUGGGUUUCUGUUUCUCAAGAUUAUGAUAAUAAAGAUCUUCUUCAAAGAAUUUUAUAUUCUUUCAAUAAGGAUUGAGAUAUGACAGAGCUGGAGAAGAUGAGUAAAACAGGACUGGAGAGAUAUCUUCAACAAUCGUUGCAAGGACACACAUAUUUGGUGGUGAUUGAUGAUAUAUGGCAUAAAGAAGCUUGGGAGAGUCUCAAAAGGGCCUUUCCGGACGAAAAUAAUGGCAGUAGAGUAAUUAUUACCACUCGGAUGAAAGACCUUGCUGAACGUGUAGAUGAGGAUACUUUUCCUUAUGCACUUCGAUUUCUAAGGCCAGAUGAGAGUUGGCAGUUAUUUUGUGAGAAAGCUUUUAAAAAUUUCAAUAUAGAUGAAGGAUUGGAGAAGCUGGGAAGGGAAAUGGUGCAAAAGUGUAGCGGCCUACCACUUGCCAUUGUUGUAUUGGCUGGGUUAUUAUCUACAAAGAAGCCGCACAAGUGGUCUUCAAUGCGUGACCACAUUUGGAAAGAUUUAAGCAAUAAUUCUAGUGAAAUCACAUAUUUACUGGCUUUGAGUUUCAAUGAAUUACCUUCUGAAUUGAAGGUGUGCUUUCUUUAUCUGGGCCUUUUUCCAGAAGAUCGUGAAAUCCAAACUGAGAAAUUAAUUCACCUAUGGGUAGCUGAAGGUCUCAUAUCGCAGAACGAAGAACAAACAAUGGAAGAAUUGGCUGAGGAUAACUUGAAUAAGCUGAUUAAUAGAAGCCUAAUUCAAAUAAGCAAAACAAGUAGGGGGAAGAUAUUAACAUGCCGAGUCCAUGAUCUCUUACGUGAUCUAGCAAUUCGAAAGGCAAAAGAGCUCAACUUCAUGUGCAUUAAUGAGGAAACCAAAAGUUCAACACAAUCUUCAAAAUUAAUUCGACGACAAGCUGUUUAUCUUGGGGGAGAGACGUGCUUGUGGCUUCAACAUUGUAACCCAGUCUCUCGUUCCCUUUUGUUCUUCGAUCAAUACUCUCUCUCUAGUAAUCUGCCAACUCUUGUGGAAGACUUAUUAUUAUACGUUUGCACAAGAUUCAGAGUAGUAAGAGUGCUCGAUCUUGAAAAUUGCUUCAUUGGAGAAUCAGAGAGCUUACCUGGAGCUAUAGGAAUGUUGAUUCACUUGAAGUAUUUGGGAUUAAGAAAUACAUCUGUUCUUCAUCUUCCACCUUCCAUUGGCAACUUGUUGAGCCUACAAACUCUGGACUUACCAACACAUGUUCGUCGACGUGCUCUUCUUCAACUGCCAACUGCAAUUUGUAAGUUGACAGAGUUAAGACAUCUUAUUCGAUGUUUUAAUUGGAAUUUGCCAAUAGACAAUUUGACAAAGCUUCAGACUUUGAAGUAUGUAGAAGGUAACGUUUGGUCUCGAUUUAAUCCAGAAAAGUUGGUUAAUCUUCGAGAGCUGUGCAUAUCUUUGUACUAUGAUGCAGAACAAGACGAGUUCACUUUUGAUUCCAUUGCCAACUUGAAAAGCCUAUGGAUUUUAUCAAUUGAAUUAUCAAUGUCCAUGGGAAGUUAUUUUUUUGGUUCACUGCAGCCACUUUCUCAUUGCCAACAUCUCCUAGACUUGCACUUGGAUGGGAAGAUAGAGACCCUACCAGGAAACCUCCAUGAACUAGUACCAAAUCUUGAAUGCCUAUCACUAGAGAAUUCAAAACUCAGUGAUGACCCAAUGCCUAUGUUAGAGAAGUUGCCAAGCCUCACGCAUCUGCAACUGGGCUUCACUUCAUACUAUGGAAAGAAGAUGAUAUGCCCGGCAAAGGGUUUUCCUCGGCUUGAAAUUCUAGUUAUUCGAUUGAAAACAUUACAUGAAUGGCAAGUAGAGGAAGGAGCUCUGCCUAUGCUUAGGUGUUUGAGAAUCAGAAGACACUCAAAAUUCACGAUUCCAGAAAGAUUGAGCUCCAUCUACAUUAUAAAAUUAUCAGAUGAAGUCGAACUCAACAGAACUAACUACUUCGAACUUUGACUUCCGUUUGUUGUGCUUUCAUUUAAUUUGUAAUUUGAGAAGCGGAGUUUUCUUUAUAAACAAUUCAUUUGCAUUCC